AUGCAAUGCCACAGCUGUAUGAGUCCGUAUUUGGAGGAUCAAUUCGUCUACAUAUCACACUUGUAUCGUCGCCCAAUGUCUUUUACAGAGAAAUGUGAUCGUACCAAUUUUGAUUAUCGCGAGGUAAAAAUGAAAAACUGCACUGACUUGUGCGUGACACUCAGGAUGAACGAUAAGGUUGGAGGUAGGGUAAUAUUUUAUGCUUUUUUUAUUUUUUGGCUUUUUUAGGAGUUUUCUUACGUAAUUUUUGUGUUUUUCUACAUUCUUUAUCAGUUUUUUGCUUUAACAUUACCUUAAAUGCAGAUAUUUAAAUAUUAAACAUUAAAAAGUUUUUAAAAAAUUUUAUCUAAUUCCGUAUUUUACAAAAAUUAAAUCAAAAAAAAAUUAUAAAAAAUCGCAAAAAAGGGCUUUGGAGGUAAGGGGGUUUGAACCCCUGACUUCUCACAUGCGAAGCGAGCGCUCUACCACUGAGCUAUACCCCCACGGCUGCUCCCCGCUCUCUUUUCGCUCUUGAAAAGAAGAGAGGAAGGAGCGCACAGUGCAGCGGGUGGAAAAGGGCCAAUUGAACAGGAAUUUCAGUUAUUUUUGUCGCUUUUUGAUAUUUUUAAGUAACAAAAAAGAUGACGUUUGUAUUUUUAUGAUAAAACAGUAUUUGGACAUUAAAUCAAAAUGUCGUUUUUUAAGUUUUGUCUGGGUAGUCACAUUAAAAAUGACAAAAAAUGACCAAAGAAACCAAACUUUUGGUUAUUUUUAUCUUUUUUUGAUAGUUAUAGGUAAAAAACUAAAUAAAAUUAAGUUUUUUAUGAUAAGGAAGUGUUUUAAAAUUAUUUUAAAAUAAUUUUUGUCUUGUUUCGUCUGUGUGGUAACAUUUAAAAUGGCAGAAAACACUAUAGUUUUAGGUCUUGUCUAUUAGGUUGUUCAAAUAAUUCUGAGCCACACUUAAAGGAAAUUUUCAGGAUUAUGGGGCUUCGAAUUAUUUGAACAGCCUAAAAUAAACGGUUUUUAAAAAAAUUUUUGAUUUCAAAUUUUAAAAAUUUUAAUUUUGAAAAUUUUAAAUUUUUUGAAUAUCUUAUACUACCCAACGCCCAAUUUCAGGCCGCCGCCGCUAUGGAUUCAUGCGAGGCUGUAUGUCCGACAUUAAGUACUACAACCGAAGCGUACUGUAUUAUGGUGACUCGGUACGACGGUCAAAUGACCGUGCUGUGAGUUGUCAAAUGGUCCGGCUUAAAGACUUGUUUGCUGCACCAGACUGGUACGGUUUUGAGCCAACGGAUCAUGUGGAGCUGUGUACUUGUCAUACGCCAUUAUGUAACUCGGCAUACAGUACCAAGUUCUCUCCUACGAUAUGUUUUGGGCUUCUAAUUGGUAUCUACUUGCUUGGCUGGCUAUUUCCGUCGAGGCGGAAGUAG